GCCGAAUGGUUGAGGAGUAUUGGAGGCGGGCUUUACUGAGGAGGAUGUAGCUGCAGUCAUGGCUCCCAGACCGCGAAUCCCAGUGCAAUAGUAAAGAAAUGCAUAGUCCCUGUUUGUAACAGAGAAGUGCAUUUUUAGGAUACACAUGUUUACAAUUUUAGUUUAAAACCGUAGAUUUUUAUCUCCUUUAUAUGCGAGCGGGCUAUGGAUGUGCAGGUUGCAAACCAUUGCAGCAUCAAGUCUGCAGCGAAAGCGAGCGUCCCGCAGAAUGCAGCUGAAUGCGGGAUCGACAACACCGCAAAGAAGAAAUCCUGCUCGAGGAGAGGCAGAAGAGGCAAGCGACGGAGGGGCAAGAAGGCCAACGAGCCUCCGCCGUUUCUACCACCGGAGGCUGAAGAGGGAAACAUUGAGUACAAGCUGAAGCUGGUAAACCCCACGCAGUAUCGGUUCGAACAUUUGGCCACGCAGUUGAAAUGGCGACUGCAGGAGGGCCGCGGGGAGGCCGUGUAUCAGAUUGGGGUGGAGGAUAACGGUCUGCUGGUUGGACUCACAGAAGAAGAUAUGAAAGCCUCGCUUAAGACUCUUCGCAGAAUGGCUGAGAAGGUUGGAGCCGAUAUCACGCUCCUGAGAGAGAGGGAAGUGGACUGCGAUAGAGCGCGACGGAAAAUCGCUGAAGUUCUUGUGCGGAAAGUUCCAGAUGACCAGCAGUUCCUGGAUCUCCGUGUGGCUGUUCUGGGUAACGUGGACUCAGGGAAGUCAACUCUGCUGGGGGUGCUGACUCAGGGCGAGCUGGAUAACGGACGGGGCAGGGCCAGGCUCAACCUCUUCAGACACCUGCAUGAGAUUCAAACCGGACGGACGUCCAGCAUCAGUUUUGAGAUCCUGGGAUUUAACAGCAAAGGAGAGGUUGUAAACUACAGUGACUCCCGUACAGCAGAGGAGAUCUGUGAGAGCUCUUCUAAGAUGAUCACUUUUAUUGACCUGGCUGGUCAUUAUAAGUACUUGAAGACCACUAUAUUUGGCCUGACAAGCUACUGCCCAGACUUUGCCAUGCUGGUGGUGGGAGCCAAUACUGGCAUUGCUGGCACAACUAGAGAGCAUCUGGGUCUGGCGAUGGCGCUGAAGGUGCCCAUAUUCAUUGUGGUGAGUAAGGUGGACCUCUGUGGUAAAAGCACAGUGGAGAAAACGGUCCGUCAGUUGGAGAGAGUGCUCAAACAGCCCGGCUGCAAUAAGGUCCCAAUGGUGGUGUCCAACCCUGAUGAUGCCGUCACGGCUGCACAGCAGUUUGCACAAUCCUCCAGUGUGACGCCCAUCUUCACCCUCUCCAGUGUGUCUGGGGAGAAUCUGGACCUUCUGAAGGUAUUUUUCAACAUUCUUCCUCCUCUGAGCAACAGUAAGGAGCAAGAGGAGCUCAUGCAGCAGCUCAUGGAGUUCCAGGUGGAUGAGAUUUACAGUGUUCCUGAUGUAGGAACAGUAGUUGGUGGAACACUGUACAGUGGUGUGUGUCGUGAAGGAGACCGGCUGGUUGUGGGUCCCACCGAUGAUGGGCGGUUCCUGAGGUUGAAGGUGUGCAGUAUCCACAGAAAUCGCUCUGGCUGCCGUGUGCUAAGAGCCGGACAGGCCGCCACACUUGCACUUGGGAACUUUGAUCGCUCAUUACUACGAAAGGGCAUGGUCAUGGUGAGUCCCAAAAUGAACCCUACAAUUUGCUGGCAGUUUGAGGCCGCCAUAGUCCUCCUGUUCCACGCCAAGACUUUCCGCCGUGGUUUCCAAGUCACGGUACACGUGGGGAAUGUAAGGCAGACCGCCACGGUGGAGUGUCUCCUUGGAAAGGAGGAGCUGCGGACAGGUGAGAGAGCCGUAGUGUGUUUCAGAUUCUUAAAGCAUCCUGAGUACUUGCGCGUGGGAGCCAAGCUGCUCUUCAGAGAGGGGGUGACCAAAGGCAUCGGACACGUGACGCACCUCCUACCCUCAACCCAGAACCACGUGCCUGAUCAGAACCGCAACCAGAACCACAGUUAGACACAUCGGGAGUAACACCAUUAAUCAAAAGAGGACAUUUGACUGCAUCUGCAGUGGUUUCCUGUCCUUGCCUUAAGUUUGCAUCCCCUAGUUCAAUCGUGCACCUUUCAUUUCCACUCUGUAGAUUUGCCUAUAUUAAUCGCAGAUUUGCCUGUGUGUAAAUGCUCUUGGUUCCUGUGACAUUUGGAGGGUUGAUUAGAGUAUAUGUCUGCUAGGUGUAAUGGAGCUUGGAAACCUCUCCUAUUUUUGCACAUGUGCGUGUUUCACAUCUUAAGUUAAAGCUGUCUGACCUUGAGUGAAGCAUUUGGGAGUCGCUAAGUUGGGUAUCUGGAGCAGAUUUCUGCAGGAAUUCCUGCCUGCAGACUGCAUUAUAGAUAUGAAAACAUAAUCAUAGCAUCGGAAGAUUCAUUAUUUCAGCUCUACUAACGUCUUCAGGUCCUCAGUGAUAUUAAAUACAUGACAUUAGCCCAGGAGAUCUGACAACACUUUAUUUUUUUUUUUUUCACAAAGUGUACACCUUGAGACAUGGGUCUUCAACCUUGUUCCUGUAGACCAGGGGUCCUCAACUCUGGACCUCGAGAUCCACUUUCCUGCAGAGUUUAGCUCCAACCCUAAUCAAACACACCUGAACAAGCUAAUCGAGGUCUUUAGGAUUACUACAAAGUUGCAGGUAGGUGUGUUUAAUCCAGGUUGAAGCUAAUCCCUGCAGGAAAGUGGAUCUCAAGGUUCAGAGUCAAGGAUCCCUGCUGUAGACCCACUGUCCUGCCAAGUUUAGCUACAACCCUAAUCACAUACAGCUGGACCAGCUAAUCAAGGUCUUCAGGAUCACAUGAAAAAUCACAGGCCAGGUGUGCUGAAUCAGGUUGGAAAUGAAAUUUGAAGGACAGUGGGUGUCCAAGAGCAGGGUUAAAGGCCUAGGCUUUAAAGUAUACUUAAAUUUGGCACGAUGGCUGAGUGUUUGUGUAUAGCCGAAUACAUAGCUUUUCAAAGUAUACUCCAUUUGAUGGCCAGUUAGUGUAAGAAAAAUUAAAGCCACAUAUGCGAGUUGAGUGUACAGCAUAUGCACGGUUAGAAAAAUCAGACUACGCACAUACUAUGCUGGUGACGAAAUUUGGAAAGUCUGCAGUGCACACCCCAGUUUACACAUAAUAACCCAAGCUGAGCUAACCACUGUAUGAUUUCUACAGUCCUUUAUGAUUGUUGCCUGUCAGUUUGUAUGAUAUACGUUGUAUCUAUGAUUUGUCACAAAGGCUAUUAGUCAGAAUAUGUGAACAUGAUACAUUAAAUGAAAUUGUCUUGAAUGGAAGAACUGUAGCCGAAAUCGUAGAGUAAUGCGAGGCUGGCUGUAGUCACAAAUGGAAACAAGAUUGUGAUGGACAAAAGUAUAUUCCAUUUAAUGCGUUGUAGUUUUACAGUUGUUCCAUUAUGGUUGAACGAAAUUGAAAUUUCAAAAGUUGAAAAUGUCUUUCCACAAAUUUUUAGUGAAUGAAAAACGGGGCGUAACACGUUAAUGAAACCUAAAAUGCAAGAUUUUAAUUUAAAUGAAUCGGACAAUCCACAAAUUGUUUUGCAAAAGAUUUACACAUUAAUUUUGUUUAAGGUUCAUGAAUAAAUGACCAGGCUUGUUUUUGUUCACUUGUACCAUUUCGGUGCUAUUGUUAGUGUGAUUGAAUAUCGCCCCCUAUCUUCAGGACAGAAGAGGUAACCGAAAGGGAAUUUUUGGAGCUCUAGGGUUGUAGGAACAGUCAGGCAUGAUUGUUUUUUUUUCACUAGCUUGAUUACAUUGUGCCUAAUUCUAAAUGUAUUCACAGAUGACGCAUAUUGCACAAUUGUUUGUAAGCAAAUAUAAGGUUUAGGUCAUUUCCGAUGGCUUACAGGGUUAACUGGGUUAAACUUAUGGCAGCUUUGUGUGAUGGGCAUUUGUCUUGAGCAUGCACAGUCACCCAGAUAACCAUUGUGUUGUUGUGUGUCUCGUUCACUCCAUUUCGAGAUAUUGUUAAAAUAAUUGCAAAAAUAUUGAAUACUGAUCAUAGAUAUAACUACCAUUUGAAGUUACUAAACUAAUGUGACGGCUAAUGUGUAAAAGCUCAUUUCAUUUAACAUUGAGCAUCAGUAAUGAAGCUUGAGCAGAAUGCAUUUACAAGUGUAAAUAAUUAGUAAAACCUUGAUUUUACAGACAUUUUUACGAAGAAAUUCGUUCUGCUUUUGUUUUAUAAAUGAGGCCCAAUUGCUUUCAUAACUUCCGCUGUUGGUCAACAGUGCAUGUUGUGCUUACACAAAUAAUAAUUAGUAUUGUCUGAUGUGCAACUGGCGGGCUUUAUUACAUUUGAGAUGUAUCUUCAUUUCAUGUACUUCUGCAAAAAGUCUUCAAAAACCUAGAAACCAGACUAGUUAUCUACUGCUUUGCUAUUAGUUCCGAUGUAAUAAAGAAUCAAAUGUUUUA